CAAAUGUCACAUACGACCCGUUCAAAUGCAUGGCAUUGAGCAAACAAAACAAACAAACAUAACAAAACCCAAAACACACUUUUUAUUUUUAGUAACCAAAACUUCCUAACACUCUUUCUCUCACACCAAACACACAUUUUUCCACACACUAUACCAAAUAAAACUGAACUCUAAAAUAUCAAUAUAACGUAAAUAACCUUAGAAAAAAAAAUUGAAUUUCUCUGUCUCUAGCUUUCUUGUUUUUUUUUUUUUGGUAUUUUGGUAUAUGAGAAAUCUCACGGCGGAGAUAAUCAGUCUCCGGCCACCGUAAUGUCGACAGUAAUACCUUCACCUCUGCCACCUCUGCCACCUCUGCCACCUCUGCCACCGCAACCUCCGCCACAAAAUUACGUUACACCUCCUCUAACGGUGAUCCUCACCGUAAUCCUCCUCGUCUUCUUCUUCAUCGGUUUCUUCACUCUCUAUUUCUGUAAGUGUUUCCUCGACACAAUGGUACAAGCUUGGCGUCUCCACCACGGUGGAGACACCGGAUCUGCCGACAAUCCCCUCCAACCAUCGGAAGCUCCACCCGUGAAUCCCGGCCUCGACCUUCGGAUCAUAAACUCGUUUCCCACUUUUCCUUACUCAUCCGUUAAAGAUCUCCGGGAAGAAAAAUACGGCCUCGAAUGCGCCAUUUGUCUUCUUGAAUUCGACGGAGAUCACGUGCUACGUCUCUUGACAACAUGCUACCACGUGUUCCACCAAGAAUGCAUCGAUCUCUGGUUCGAAUCUCACAGAACUUGCCCUGUUUGUCGCCGAGAUCUUGAUCCUCCUCCUCCACCGGAGAACCCAAAGCCUACCGUGGAUGAGAUGAUCAUCGAUGUGAUUCAAGAAACAAGCGACGACCAAGAAGACGUUCAUCGUCGUUAUCAUCAGACAACAACACCGAUUGAUACUUGGCCGUCUUCAGGACAGAGCAGUAGCAUUAAAAAAGAACAAAAUUUGCCGGAGAAGUUCUCUAGAUCGCAUUCGACGGGACACUCGAUAGUGAGAAACAAACCGGAGGAAGAAGAUAAGUAUACAUUGAGAUUACCGGAACAUGUGAAGAUUAAGGUCACGAGAGGACAUAGCCAGACAGAGAGUUGUGUAACGUUCGCCGAACUUGUUAGAAACAGAGUAUAUGAUCAUCGCCGGUUUGGUGAAGUCUCCGGUCAAACACAAUCUGAAAAUUGAAGAAAACGGAAUAUAUAUAUUUUUAUAAUUAGUUAAGUUUUUUUCUUCUUGUUGUGAUAUUGGUUAUAAAUAUCUUAGGUUAGAAUCUAUAUUAACAUUUUUUAAGUACAUUUUGGUUUAUGC